CCGAGGUGCCGCGCGCCAGACCCUCCGCGGCCCGCCAUGGCCCCGCGCCGGCGCCGCAAGCCGGAGACCCCGAGUAGGCGCUCCCCGACCCGCGGGACGCCCCGGCCGAGCACCUCAGGUGCCGCUGUCACUCGGCGCGUUCGGCGCUUCACCUGGCUCCGAGAGAUCCGAAAGCUACAGAAGAGCACAGACCUCUUGCUGAGGAAGGCGCCCUUCAGCCGCGUGGUAAGAGAAAUAUGUGCUAAAUUCACCCGCGGUGUGGACUUCAGCUGGCAAGCUCAGGCCCUGCUGGCCAUUCAAGAGGCCGCGGAAGCAUUUUUAGUUCAUCUCUUCGAAGAUGCCUACCUCCUCUCCUUACACGCUGGCCGAGUCACUUUGUUCCCCAAGGAUGUGCAGCUGGCCAGGAGGAUCCGCGGCAUUCAGGAAGGACUCGAAUUCAGACCCUCUCCUGUGUCAUUUCUGGAAGAGGAUGUGUGCGGAGAUGGGGACAGGCAGAACUCUGAUAUCAACCAUCAGUCCAACAGUUAUUCCUUGUGA